AUGGCUCAUUCAGAAGGGCUCCUGCCUACGGGUCGCAGGUUUUGCAGUGCCAUGCCAGCUCCGGGCAAGUUCUUGUGCUCCAGCAUCGUACCUACUGUCAGCCCCUGCUGCAGAAGAUCUUUCAUAGUGCAUCCUGCCAGGAUCGCAGAGCCCCUCACCCCCCAGAGGUGCCAAUGGAUUAGCCAUGGCCUCCCCUCCCCUGGCCCAGCAUGGAGGAGGCUGAGCGCAUCGGGGAGAUCUGUGGGCUUAGACAGCAACAUCCCUGUGCUGGUGAGAGGGGAACAAGAUGGAUUUUAUUACCAUGGUACAGUGAAAGAGGAGUCAGAGAGUGAAAGAGGCGUGUUCUUGCUAGAGUUUGCCAAACCACUUGUGUCACGUGGAAGGCAUCCAGUGUGUAUGCAAAAAACAGCAAAGGAUGACAUCCUGGAAUAUGUGAACGGGAUGAAGCACUCCUUACUCCCUGGAGACAAAGUACUGGCACCCUGGGAGCCAGAUAUGGCCAGGUACGGCCCAGGAACCAUCCUCACAGGCAUUGAGACAAGAGACCCCUUACGAGCCUCAGAAGAUGAAGAAAUUAUGGUCAAGUUCUGGAAUGACAAGAAAGUGAAACUCCCACGAGGUGUGGCUCUGUGGAUCCCCCCUGGCCUGUGGGAGAGGAUUGUAGAGAUGAUCCGCGUGCCCUUCACCAGCAGCGUGAAGCCCAGAGAAAGUCUGGACACUAAUUCUUGUAUCUUUUCCUUCAGUCCUAGACCAGCCCUGACUUCUCUUUGUUCUGUGCAUAGCCUUGCCAAGCACUGCUUGCUCGGCUUACCCUGCUGGCCACAUUUCCACUAUUGCUGUGAUGGUAUAUGCUGUUUGUCAGCAUACAUAAGGUGCAUCUGCUGCUGCCGUCCCCAUGUUGAUGAUUGGUGGCCUCUUCCAUCCAGGUCUAUGGUCUUUCAGAGAGAAACUGAAGAGGCAGAGUCCAGCAGCGAGCCGUCUCCAUGUCUUCUAGAAGUGGAGGGUCCAAAACAAGAAGAACCAGCAGCUGUGGCAGUGUCUUCUCCCUCUUCUGAUUCAGAGGGGGACCUGGAGCCAUUCCCCACUAAGAGUACUGUGGUGGACAGUGCUGUUAGCGCAGACUCUGGCCAUCUUGAGAAGCCCAGGCUAAAGGUUUCUGCAAGACCUGAGUGGAAAUACUGGAAGAGAAGCCACCACAAGUUCCAUCCUGGUAAUUCAGCUCUUCUUUUGGCAAUUCACCCAAUGGAAAACUACCAGAACAAUGAAUUUAAUUUGGAAGCAGGAGUCGGCAGUCGCAGCAGCACAUGUACAAAGGGCAAGCCAGAAUCCAAAGUCAUCUCCAUUGUGGACACAUGUCAUGUUGCCCCGGGUAAUUGGAAUGCUGUGUUUGCAACCACUGAGCAGACUCCCAGAGGGCAACUCACAAUUAAAGAAAUCUUGAGAGACGAAGAUAUCCAGCCAUCAUCGAGGGAAGAAGGUUUUGCAGCAUUAGGAAAGCAAAGAUAUAAAAGAGCAAGAAAGAAAGCAGAGUCAGAUGAUAAACAUAAAGCGACUUGCGUAGGAGAUGACAAACUUGAUGAUGCAGACCACAUCAGAAGAGGACAGAGAAAAAACAGCAAAGAGCUCACUUGCAACAAAGCAGAGAGAGAUAUGAUCAACCAGAACUCAAUAAAUAUAUAACUGAUGAAGCUCAGGACCUGA